CAGGAAGUGGAAUUCGAACUUCCGGCAGUGGCUUGCGCGUUCGCAUUGGAGGUCACUUUGCAUCAAAAAGCAGUCAUGGGUGGAGAUCAUGGACACGGAAAAUUAUCCAUGCCCGACUACAAAGUGUGGAAAUGGGAAGGAACACCGCUGGAAAUGACCCAGCAAAGGCUCGCACGACGAGGACUCAGAGACCCCUGGGCACGGAAUGAGGCUUGGAGAUUCACAGGCAGCUUCGGCAUCCCAGUUACCUUCCGGGAUGUGCUCAUGCGUGGAUUUAAGACGGGUUUUGCAGCAUUCGCUGUAGCGCUGGCGGUUGAAUAUGCAUUCUUCACUCCAAAGAAGUCAGAGCACUAAUAUCAUCAUCGAUUGUCACCACAGGACUCCGGGAUUCUUGCAGGUUUAAGACUUUUGUUGUCUUUCUGUGAAGACCUUAGCCAAUGAAGGGCUUCCUUAUACCUGUUCGUUCUUUUAUUAUUGCAAUUCCCAUCACCAAUCUAUAGAAUAAAUAUUAUUAAGUUA